AUGCCUUCCUCCAGCAAACAGCCCAGCAGCUCAACCAGCAAAUCUACCUCGGCAAGCGGCCAGUCGGGCAAAGGAGCAGGCAGUCAAGGAGGCACGGGCGUUUCUCCAAACUUCGCCCAGAGCUACGGCUUGAAGUUUCACGACCCGAAGGAUUAUGCGGAGGCUCAGGCUAUUCAGCAAGCGUUUAGGGAUCAGGAUGCGAAGCAGGGCGGACGUUGA